AUGGAGACACCGCCGGGGAGCGCGAGGUCAGCGAGCCCGGAGGCGGAGAUUGGCCACCGCUUGGAGGAUCUGUGGAACGACGUCCAGGUUGAGCCCCUUCUCAGCCCAUCCGAGAAGCUCAACUCCUGCUUCGACGGCGUUCCCGUCUCGUCCUUCCCAUCCGUUCCUUCCCAAGGUCGGUCAGAUUCUUCUAUUCCUUGCCCUCUGCACACUCUCUGUCUCUCCCCCUCGCCUCGUGUGUCUGAUCUGUGUCAUUGGUUGGGUGGUAUUCGAGGAAGAAGGCAGGGUUGCGCUUCGUAGAGGAGGGUGAACUGAUGUGUCGCCCUUUUUCCUAGUUCCUGAUCUCCUUUUUUUAUUUUAUCUUUUAUCCAAUUAACUCAUCGAAAUUUUAGGCCCCCCCGCUCCGAUCGGUGUUUUCUUCACCGCCUUUGAGCAUAGGAGUCUCUGCGGGUAGUACAUCGAUGAAAAAUAACUGAAAGACUUGGAAGAUUACUGUUUUACGGCAUAUUAAGGUGACAUAGAUCGAACAAUUGGUUGUCGAAUGCUCGCAUUCGUGAGGAAAUUUUUACGAGGUAUCGAAAAUAAACAUUCGAUCAGGAGUUCAGACAUUGGUGAGAAACUUUAUCAAUAUUGAAUGACAUUCACGAUGUUCAGAUGUAGGUCUAUUAUAGAAUUCAAAUAAGUCCACAGGUGAAAUUACGAACUCAUAAUAUGUAUGAUCCUGGAUGAGCUGUUUUGUUUCCGAACUUGUAUUCUUUGGAGUACGAUGCGACCACAUGUCACAUGAUAUGGAAGUAUUAUAUAUGGUAUAGAUGUGCUGUUCACUGAAAUUGGUAUUCACUACCGUCUUAAAGUUAUUCUUGCCUUUUUCGAUGGAACACUCAGCGGUGGUACCUCUUCUUGUGCUCUGAGUGUUGAGAAAUGUAUUUCAAAUGUAGAGAUCGUUUGAUAACUCAGAGAAGAAUGAAAAUAAUCGUGCUAGGCGUUCGUUUUAACUCAUUUUCUCAUCGCUAGAAGAUCGGGUAGAAAUGCCGCACAAAUUGUACAAUAACAUUAAUGAUUAUCAGUAGAUCACAGUGAAGCAAUAUUCUGGUGAAUUUAAUGGCUAAAAAGGAGGUUCAAACUAUAGGCAGGGCUUUUGGCACUGUCAAUGAUAGGUCUGGACUUAAAUAUCAGUAAAAACAUAAAUGUAUCAGACUGCACCACAUCCCCCAUGGAUUCAGGUCAGAUGAUAUAGAGCGAGAGGGGAGUGGGGGCUGAGCAUCCCAGAAAACCUCUCUGAGACCAGGCAUAGGAUCCUGUAUGUGAUUUCCGUAAGGAAUGUUGUCUAAGGAAAAAAAGCCUCGAAAAGACUACACGUUGCACCCUGUUGGACUAAGAUUUUUUUUAGAUAGAAGAACUAAAGACACUAAAAUGAAACAGUUAAAAAGUCCAUAUAGCAGGAUAUUUCAAAAUUUUGUAUGCCUAUCCUUGAUUGUUUGAUGCCAACCAGAUCCCUCCAUUGUCUGCUUUUAGAUUCUGCUCUUGCAAAAUAAUGAUAAAUGUAUCACAGAACUAAAAGAUAUAUUUUUUUUACUAUGUUGAGAUUUCAGCAACACUAGGCUGUAUCUUUUAUGCUCGUGUGCAUGUAUAUUCUCGUAUACUGAAGGUUUAAUAUGUAAGGAAUCAACGUAUUCAAUACUUAUACACACAGGUAUCCUGAAGACUGGUGUCUACAUGGGCAUUUCUAUUCUGCGAAAACAUCAUCUUGCAUGUUUAACUUGUUUGCAGUUUAUUUGCCAGAGAAAUAUGGUUUGUAUAAUAGACAAAAGAGAGAAAAAAAACUAAAUAUAGAUUAAUUUCAUUGUUAAGGUUGAUGUUUGGUUCGACUACUAUAUUUAUUCUUCAUUUUAUCUGAACAUAAUUUCACUACUCUGCUAUGUUUUCAGUAAAUUGGUUUCGUUGAAAUAUUUAUAAAUGAUACUGAGUGUUGGAUCUGAUGUUUGUAUCUUUUUGUUUUCUGACCGUCUAUUCAGUAAUCGAGAUCCCUUCGGAUGCCAGUCUGGCCACGGCUGUUGAAAUACUGUCCAAGCAUAAAAUCCUUAGUGCACCUGUGAGGAAUGUAAAUUCUCCAGAAGAUGCCAGUUGGAUUGACCGGUACAUUGGCAUUGUUGAAUUUGCAGGAAUUGCCGUAUGGCUUCUUCACCAGGUUUGAACAUCAAACUGUUUCAGUGUAAGCUGUAUGUGAAAUCAGAAAGCAAUUUUCAAAUGGUUUUAAGUAUGUAAAGUCGGAAGAUUACUUAUGAACGACAAAAGUUUUCUGCAUGUCCAAAAACUGUUAUUAAAAUCUACCACAAAGGAAAAAUAUUUUCAAAAGAAAGCAAUUUUCAAAUGGUUUUAAGUAUGUUAAGUCGGAAGAUUACUUAUGAACGACAAAAGAAAAUCUACCACUAAAAACUCUUAUUAAAACUGCCAAAAAAAAAUAAAAUUGGCUGAAAGUUUGUAUACAGGUGAAGGUGUAGGUAUUAUUUAUUCAAAUCAACCAAUCUAGGUUUCAUCUGGGAAAUUAGUUACUUUGUCAAAAAUAAAUUUGAAGAGCUCUUAUCCCGGUAGAGUGUUGUGAAUCCUAAGAGUUAUUUCGUCAGUAAUCAUGGUUUUGAUUCCGCAUAAUAUUGAUUGAGUCAGCCUACAACGUUUAUUAUCGGAAAUGAUUUUGUUAGGGAGAAGAAUGGAUUAACCCUGGCAGAACAAACUGUUGAUGAAUUAACUGUAAGUGGAUAGACUAUUACAGGUUCCUCUUCCCCAUAUUGGUAAUCAGCAAUAACUUGAAGAACUUUUCCUAUUGAAUGACACAUUUAGAUGAUAAAUGAGCAGGUGGAUGGAGGUUUCACAUAAAAUAUAAGGCUUUAUAUAAUUUGAAUAAAACACAGAGGUGGAUUUUUUUGUGUGCGUGAAUGAUCUUCUCCACGAGAUGGUAGGAUUCCACAUACGAGUUGGAGAAUUACGAAUAUAUUAUGAUCGUCUAAAACAUGGGCUCGUGUAAAACAUAUUACUGUCUUUUCAGGCACCUCUGACUGAAGCUUUUAGAAAUCGUGCUACGAGAAAUGCAUGCCCUCCUUUUUUUUCUGUUUUAGGUUAAAAUCACUUUACUUCCUUCAGUUGGGAACUUGGAGAUUUCAUGGCUCGCCCUCUUUUGCAGUCUGAAGUCGCGGCUCUUGAGAUCAUGGCUGGCUCUCCAAAAGCAGGACGAGCCGCAGGGGGGUUAGCCGCAGCCCUUGGCUCGGUGACGUUGGGAACACCAGCGCCCUCAAAAGCCAGCAAUGCCCCUGCUGCUGCUGGCGGAAUCAGUGAUGCACUUGGACCUGCAGAUUCUGGACCUGAAGCAGCCGAAUCCAUGGGGGGGAGUUUCUUUGAAAAUCUGGCCUCUUCGGAAAUUUACAAGUCUACGAAGGUCAAAUUCGUGAUUGCAUCAUGAAUGGAAUUAAUUUUUGGAUUCCCAUCUAAUUAUCAGACCUUCUGUCUAAAGGCAUCACAUUUUUCUUAAAAAAGGUGUCUGUUUUUACAGGUUGAAGACAUCUCAGGAUCAUUCCGCUGGGCGCCAUUUCUUGCCCUGCAGAGCUCUGAUUCUCUUCUGACAAUGCUCCUGCUUCUGUCCAAGUACAGAAUGAAGAGCCUUCCGGUCGUUGAUCUUGGCGAGGGGAAGAUCGACAACAUCAUAACCCAGUCUUCUGUAGUUCACAUGCUUGCAGAAUGCGUUGGGCUCCACUGGUUUGAGAACUGGGGCACCAAAAGGCUCUUCGAGCUCGGGCUCCCCAUCAUGAAGCCCAGUAAACUUGUCAAGGUUCUUCCUUCUUCCCCUGGAUCUAAGCCCCUGUUCAUUCACAUGGAUCCUAUUUUUUCUCAUGGCCAACUACCCACCAGUUUCUUUUUAUAGUUAGAUUGGCCAGUUUGGAUCUCAAAUGCGAGUCUGAAGAUGUCUGUGACCAGGCAUUGUGGUUAUCAGCAAUGUUUAACAUGUCCUCAUGAGCUCUGCAGGUAAGAGAGGACGAACCAGUUCUCAGGGCUUUCCAGUUGAUGAGAACAAAGGGAAUCGGAGGGCUUCCCGUUAUUGAUGAUGGCGGGAAGAAGCCCGUGGGCAACAUUAGCAUCAGAGAUGUCCAGUACCUUCUCACAGCCCCUGAGAUAUACAAGGACUACAGGUCUGCACUCUCUCUCUCUCUCUCUCUUUCUCAUCUCUCUCUCUCUCUCAUCUCUAUCUCCUGCAUUCAAUGGGGCAGGCAUGUAAUGACAUGAUCAGUGAAAACCAGAUUAUGAAAACUCAAGUACUGACCUCCUGCUUUCAUGGGAAACCUUAUCUUAUCCUCCAUUGGAAUUAUCCGACUCUUUUGCAGAUCGAUCACCGCCAAGAACUUCCUCACGGCCGUCAGAAAGCACCUGGAGGAGCAUGGGGAGACAUCGCCCAUGCUCCUCGGCGUGAUCACCUGCAGGAGAGACGACACGAUCAAAGAUGUGAUCUUGCGGCUGGAUGCCCACAAGAUCCACAGGAUCUACGUUGUCGACGAGGAGGGCCUCGUCGAGGGGGUGAUCACCCUCAGGGACAUAAUCUCCAAGCUGGUCCACGAGCCACGGCACUACUUCGGGGAUUUCUUCGACGGGGUUGUCCCCCUGCCCCAGAACAGCCGAGUCUGA